UAAGACGCGAUUUGAUGACGUAGUCACGUGGCGAGAGACAUGGCGAGCUCCUCCACAGGCGUGUUUUUAUGGAGAAGGCUUGUUAAAAAAACGGACCUAAACGGCAGUAGUGGAUGGUUGGAAUAAUCAGAUUGAUGUGUGUGAGCUGACAGAUUUGUAGUUUUAGUCAACAUGUCCUGGGUAAGAGCAGUACCGCGAAGCGACGAUGUUUUUGAUGAGGACAUAGAUGAACUCAGCCUUCAAAACAAAGAAUGGAGAUGCAACAUGGAAAAGCGAGCUAAAGACGGUUUCAGGGAUGGAAUUGAUGCAGGCAAAGAGGCUUCACUUCAGCAGGGAUUCAACUUGGGCUACCGAGAAGGAGCUGUUAAAAUGAAGGCUAUUGGGCAAUUCAAAGGAAUUGUUAGUGCUCUGCGGUGUUGGUGUCAGUCACAGCCUUCACUGAGCUCAGAGCCCAUCACACAGCUGCUUCAGAAAGUAGAGAAACAUGAAGAAGGCUUAUUUGAGGCCAUGCGCAGAGCUCAGGAGCUUCCUCCUCCAAGUGUAUCCGAGCUUGUUGGAGAUAUGGAUGACCUGGGUGUAGAUCAGAGUGAUUGUGGAGACUCUGACUGCUGCAGAAAUGAUGAAGACGGUGACUGUUGUCGGAAAGGACAGCGGGACUGCUGUGGACAUGACGAGGACGUUAAUGAGAGUUCAGCUGGGAUUCAUGCUGAAACUGUGUUUGUGAAGGAUGAGACUUUGGAGCAGUUACUUCACAGGUGUCUGGAGCUCGUGACUGAGAUGGGACUGCCUGAAGAGCUGAGGCUUCAUAUUCAACAGCUCAGACAUGCGUGUAUUUGACUUGAAUUUAUUAUAAUACAAGUUAACCUCAGUUGCAUGACUUAUCUGUGUUAGAUUUUGAUGCACAUCAUCAAAAUAAAUUAUUUCCAGAAAAGUUAUUU